AACCUUGCAUUAUCUUUCCUUGGGGUGUGCUAUGAUGGCCAACAUCCCUUGUGAGAGUACUUCCACAAGUAGAGUGGCAGUAGAAUAGAGCGGUGUCAGUUUGGUCGUCAGAUAUGCCAUCAAUACGGUUCAUAAGGUUUGGCAGAGAACCUAGAGUCUAGACACAUUAUUACAGUUCUUUCAUCUGUACGCAUGCAGCUAUUAAUCACAGUUGCAAUUUAUUUAUUUAUUUGAAUCAUAGUUGCAAUAUUCAUCAAAGCUGAUUUCAGUAUCCGGUUUGCCACUUAUUAUUGGGCAGUUUUCUGAUAUAUGCAUUUCAGCGUCAGGCGGUCAGAGCACAAAAUCUGCACUUAUACAGCCCAAUGGGAAUACAGAAGUUACAAUGAUCCAAGGACAAAAGACCAUCCUUUACUUAUUGAAGAUACGUAUGAGCAGCCAGAUAAUGCAGCAAGAGCUGUUUCCAUGAGUCUACUUCCCAGCAUAUCUGAAGCAUUUAAAAAGACCCACCAUUCCCUUGUUUCAUCCAAUCAAGAUAGAAAUUCUCUGAUCUAUGGUCUUGUUAGACGCCGGGUCAGCUCCCAGCUUAUUUCAUCACAUGGUAAUCCGUUGUUUUUCAACAGAGGUGCAACAGAUUUCCCUUCACUGUCGCAUGCUACACCCCCAUCUCAGGACCAGUUUUACAACAGGCCAAAUCCGCAGGCCAAUGUCGGCAUCAACUCAUUUUCAAAGCCAACGGGAAAGGUGGGAGCCGAAGACCUCCAGAUGAUGAGCAUCCUAUGUUAUGUUCUGGUCUCUUUAAUGAAGAUUUGAUGUUGUUGCAUUUGCUGAAGUCGGUAAAUGUCGACAGCACAGUAAAAAUUAUUAUUAUGAACUAGACUUGAUCAUAGUGGACCCAGAUGCUUUCUGCAA